AUGUGUUUUUUUAAUUAUAUUUUUAGUAAAUUUCCGGGAAGAAACCUUCUUGGUAAGUUAUAGGUUAUGUUCUUCUAGAUAUUUUUUAAUAUAUUUCUUUCAUUAAUAAUUGUAUGUAAUUUCAGUUUAAAAUUAUCUGAGGAUGCCUGUCGUCGACGAGCGAAAGCUAAUAAAUAAUUAUAAAAUUAUAUGAAUGGAUUUUUUCAAAAAAACAAAAUAAGAUCUCACUAAAAUUACAAAUCCAAACAAAAUAACAUCGUAAUAAAAGGACUAAUUGUUAAUGAAAUUGAGACAAUCAAAGACAAUGUACAAGUUUUAGUUAAAAGUAUUAAAAAUCCAGAUGAUGCUGCUCUAAAAGCCCUAGGUGAUAGUAAUAGUAGGGUUACUCACGCUGGAGUCAAUAUCUCGAAUAAAAUGUUGAAUGCAGCAAAGGGAAUGACUACAUUACCUUCUUGGAUAACAUGCCUAGCAAAAGGUUAUUGGUUACCUGAACAAUUUAAGUUUGUAGCUUCGCGAAGACCUAAAUCUGUUUCUCAAAAAGAUUUUGUGGAAAUCAAAUUCGAUGACGUGAACAACAUAAUUAAAAUUCUGAGAAGUCUCCAAGAAAUUCCACAGUAUAAAUUGGUCCGUGUGAAAGACAAACAAAUAAAUUUUAAGGAUGUUAGGUGUUACAUUCAAGAAGCCACGAAAAAUGAGAGAAAAAAAAUAAAAAAGGGUAAUACUGUGACUCAAGAAGAAGAAGAGAUCGAGGACAAUGAAGUACUUGGUGAUAAUGAAUCAAUCAACGAAGAUGAAUCGAUUAACGAAAAUGAUGAAGAAGACAAUUAA